UUUCUUUGGAACUAUCACAGAGCGAUUGAUAAAUUUCUGUUUUCCUUUACUUCAUAUCUUGCAAAAACCACACCUUUCUUUUAAUCAUGGUUCUACAAUAGUGAAUGAUAAUAAACUGAUAAUGGAGCCCACUCAGUCUAACAAUAAUUUUUCGUCAUAGUACCUGUAAAUACGUCAUAUCUAAUAAACAGCUGAUAUGAUAUAAAGUGGUUCUUUCGUGCAAUGCAAGGCCGCGAGAAUUCAGUUUAUCAGUGUCGCCUUUGGCGUACGGUCCUCUCGGUUUAACUUGUCUUUCAAGUAUUGCUCUAUAGUUUUUUUUACAUAAACCGGCAACCUUGGUACGCCUUAGACCUUGGUUACGUUACUAUAAUAAAAAAAGUAAAAAUCUCGUCGGUCACGAUGUUAAAGAGUGCCUCCAAAGUGACUAUUAAUACUGGAAAUGUUCUCAACUUGAUCGAUAUUAAGAAAAAGGCUGGGCAAAAUGUUACUGAAGAGUUAUCAGAAAGUAUAAAACUGACGUUAUCAGAAUGGGGUAAUCAAAAUGAAAUGCCAGUUCAGAACGGAAUAAACGAUGACUCAAAUCCUAGGACAUCGCAGAUCCACUCAGAUUAUAUGGUGGUCUCAACAUCCACGGCGCCGAGAGAAGCGGUACUUAACAUAACGAGGCCACACGAUGAUGUACAAAACAAAAUGGCGGAGGAGGAACGAAAGAAUCUGAAGAUCGGUGUUAAGAUUUUUAUCAACGAAGACAGUACAUCCGCGUUGACGGAAUGUUUAGAAAAGGUAUUCACAGCGUUACGUACAGAGUUCAUAGAGAAUGUUAUCCUGGCGUACAAUCCUGACUUGCUGUAUAAGGAGGAGGCGUUAGAUGAUUCUAAUCUGAAGAACACAUUCACUAAAGCCUCGCCUAUAUCAUUGGGAAGUAAUGUUGGUCGUUUAUCAAGUACGGAGAUGGAAGCCGACAGUGAGGCUGACGCGAGGAAGUGCGAAGCAAUACUGCCCGGUAUCAAAGUGCUGUGGGCAGUACUAGAAGAUUAUGUUAAAGAAGGGCGCGUGCACCAGCUGGGCGUGGCGGACGUGGGCGGCGGCUGCCUGCGCAAGCUGCACGCGUGGGCGCGCGUCAAGCCCGCCAUCGCGCAGAUCAACCUCGCCUCCUGCUGCGUGGUGCCGCCCGCGCUGCACGCCUUCUGCCGCGCCAACGACGUGCAGCUCCUCACGCACGCUGACCCUCCCGAUCUCCUCUCCCUCGCAGCACUAAAGACGAUAACAGACGCGGGCGUUGGAUGUAAUAACCUUGAUUGGUGCGCAAGAUAUCAAGUCCAUAUAAAAUGUAGGGGAGUUCUCGCACUUAAAGGAUACGUGUGCAAAGCGACACUCGGCAACGCGAUUGAAGCAAAAUAAAUGUACUCAAAUGUAUAACAUACCGCUAAUUCUGUGAUAGGAAUACUAUGUGAUAAUCUGAUAUGAUUGGACGAAAUAAAAACGGAACAAAUGUG